UUUCUCAACGAUUUAAGAAAAAUCCCCCGAGGAUUUCCUUGAACUUAUAGAUGGAAAGGGGUUUUUGAUUCGCGUCUCCACGAGUUUGCGCAUCUCGCGUCGACUCGCAAGCGCGGAACUCCUGACACAAUACGAAAGUUCGUCGUCUAAGGAUCAUCAGUACAGAUUCACUCUCCGCAGGAUCUCCGUGACAAUAUCUCAUAAAACCAACAAGCUGACAGAAAGAUACCCACCUUGAGAAAAAGUGUGAGCGAUGUUUGGGAAACCGAGAUAAAUUCUCAGAGAUCCAAAUUGAGUUAAUCCAGUAUCCAAAUCGGAGACGAAUCGCUCGGCGAAUUCACUCGGGGAGCUUUGACGAGGAUCCAAUCACAUCGACAAUGAUGCUGUUUUUGUUAUUGUUAAUCGUUCUCGUGGGCGUCCGCUCGAGCUGGUCUCGGCACGAUUCCUCGAUCGCUGAAAAUGUACCUGCAAGCGCGAUUCACUCGGUUCCUCUCGGCUCCGAGGCGACUUUCUAUUGGAAGGUGGAUUUAAUGAAUGAGCUGAUAGUCGUGGAAAUUCAUUACGUUGGCAAUGAGAGAAGCUGGUUCGCAAUCGGAUUUUCCGACUACGGAGAGCUGAAACCGGCCGAUUACUGCGUCCUGUGGCCCGACUGGCAUCAACAGAUUCAUCUUCAAGACUCGUGGGCGGAUAUCGACGGGAAAUUACACCUGGACAGCCAGCAGGAUUGCAAAAAUUUCGCGUGGAAAAGACGUGGCAAUGUCACAAAAUUCACUUUCUCCCGGAAAUUCGACACCUGCGAUGAGCAUGAUUAUAUCAUUGAGAGAGGUACCACGCAUCUCGUGUGGCUUCGCGGCCGCGGACCAUUGUCCUCUUUAACCGGGCUCGAGAUUUCGGACGCUAAAGCGUCCGGCAUGUCCCGUACGGAAUUACGCAGGAUGUCUCAUAAGAAGCCCAAGUUUCCAGCAGACAUGUGGCAACUUGAAUUACUUGCCCAUAGGGUUCAAGUGCCAAAACAAGAAACCACCUAUUGGUGUCGCGUACAUAAAUUACCGUCGGUGCUGAAACAAAAGCAUCACAUCUUACAAUUCGGUCCUGCUAUUCAAGCUGGUAAUGAACACCUCGUACAUCAUAUGGAAAUUUUCCAUUGUGCCGGGCCCGUGGAUGCGGAAGUACCCAUGUACGAUGGUCCUUGCGAUGGAGCUGAUAGACCAGCAAAGACGCAGAUCUGUAAGAAGGUGAUGGCAGCAUGGGCGAUGGGUGCUGAUGCAUUCAUAUAUCCAGAGGAAACCGGUCUAUCCAUUGGCGGGGCCGAUUUCAAUCCGUAUGUUAUGCUGGAGGUGCAUUAUAAUAAUCCCGAGUUACAUCAGGGUGUCAUCGAUUCCUCCGGGAUCCGAUUUGUUCUCACCAAGUCUUUGAGAAAGUACGAUGCCGGUGUGAUCGAGCUCGGGCUCGAAUAUACCGAUAAGAUGGCUAUACCCGCCGGACAGGAAGCCUUUACGCUAUCUGGUCAUUGCAUAACAGAAUGCACCGGUGUCGGAUUACCUCAAAGUGGCAUACGCAUUUUUGCCUCUCAGCUGCACACACACUUGACGGGCACGAAAGUCAUCACCCGUCACGUAAGGGACGGUGAGGAGCUACCGCCUUUGAACUAUGACAAUCAUUACUCUACUCAUUUUCAGGAGAUCAGACUUCUGCCGAAACCGGUUACCAUUUUACCUGGAGAUUCUCUGAUAACUACAUGUACUUACAACACCAUGAAAAGAGAUAACGUGACUCUCGGUGGUUUCGCGAUAUCCGACGAGAUGUGUGUUAAUUACAUUCAUUAUUAUCCUAAUGCACUACUAGAGGUGUGCAAAAGUGCUAUAAGCGACGAUGCCUUGCGGACGUACUUCCGUUAUAUGCGAGAAUGGGAAAAUCAGGACACUAGCACGAACAAAGGCAUCUCAGCGAAUUACAAGAGCAUCGAAUGGACAAAAGUCCGCGUGGAAGCUCUUCACGAUCUCUAUGAAGCUGCACCUUUAGGAAUGCAGUGCAAUGGCUCAGAUGGUUCUCGAUUACCUGGCUCAUGGGACAAUAUCGCAGCAACACCCGUUAAAUUACCUCUGCCACCGCCAGCCAGAGAUUGCCUGGAACUUUCGGUUCAGCAAGAGAUCAUGGAUCAAAUGUGAACGUUUUAUUCCAAAAUUUUAAUUAUUCGAUUAUUCAAUGAAUAUUCAAGGAAAUUUCAAACAAGUAAAUAUUAAAAUUUUAGACUCUCCUUCAAAGCAUAUCAAAUCUAAUGCUUGAAAAUUCUUUUGAAAACUCUCCUAAACACUUAUUUUAAGCUUGAUAGUAUAUUCUAACAUGAUAAUACUCUAUUUACCAGAAGCUGUGUUUAUAACAAUAUUUCAUGAAAUUUUAAUAUUAUUAAUUUCAAAGAUUUGCAAAAAUUUGCUACUUUAAACUUUCUAUUACAAUAAUUUAAUCUAAACGAAUUCGUUUUCUUUCACACAAAUGCUAUCAAGUUUAAUAUUGAUGAAAAUACUUCAUCAAGAUAAAAUGUAGUAAAU